AUGGCCGAGUCCAGCCCCACUUCUACAUCGCUCACCGAUCAGACGCCACAAUCUACAAGUAGCUCAUCAUCAACUGCUGAUGUACUGCCCAAGGAGAUUGAUGUAAUCGAGGAAGCAGGAAUUUUGUCUCUGCGGAAGACGAAGUCUAAAGCGUCCGUGAUAUCUAGAAGGGUGAGACAGGCAGUAUUUGACACUGGCGCUCCGACAGUGGUAGAUAGCCAGGGACAAAAGAUUUUGUCCUUUACAUUCAAUGAUCCGGACGACCCACGCAAUUGGCCCAAAGCUGCCACACUUGGACCUCAACUUGGACCCCUGAUAUCCGGCUUCCUUGCCCCUUUUUCUUGGCGGUGGGUUUUCUGGACAGGUUUGAUAGUAGCUGGUCUUUCAUUCCUGUUAUUGGCCUUUCUUCCAGAGACUUAUGGUCCAGUGAUACUGAAAUGGCGCGCCAAACGUCUGCGCGAGGACACUUCCGACCACAGUAUCUAUGCCGCUCUUGAAGUGGAGUAUAAAGGUGUCAGACAACUGCUCACCGUAACUCUCUGGCGGCCACUCAAUAUGCUCUUGUUUGAGGCCAUCGUGCUUUUCAGCUCCCUCUACACCGCUCUUGCCUAUGCCCUCUUCUACACCACAUUCGAGGCCUUUCCAUUGAUAUUCACUGGCAUAUACGGCAUGACCCCAGGGGUAGCUGGGCUGGCUUACGUCCCCAUGUUUAUUGGCGGCAUCUUCGCUUUCGUAGCCUUCACUCAAUACGACACUAUCUUCUUGCGGGCCCAGCGGGCCUCAAAGCCAUGGUCGCAAGUAGAAGAAUACCGCCGUCUGCCUCUUGCGUGCCUCGGUGGUCCCGCAUACGUGGUCUCACUCUUUUGGAUUGGCUGGACAGCUCACCGCCAAAUUCAUUGGAGCGUGCCUAUGGUAGCCGGUAUUUUCUUCGGAUUCGGCUACAUGCUCAUCCUGAUGGCGCUGCUCAAUUAUAUCACUGACGCGUAUGAGAUCUAUGCUGCAAGUGGAAUGGCAGCUGCUAGCUUCUCACGCUCCAUAUUGGGUGCAUUAUUGCCAAUCGCCGCUAAGCCGAUGUAUGAACAUCUGGGAAUCGCCUGGGGUAAUUCCCUGCUUGCAUUCUUCAGCCUUGGCAUGUGUGUCAUCCCGUUCGCAUUCAUAAGGUACGGCGACAGCAUUAGAGCAAAUUCCAAAAUUUGCAGCGAGCUUAAAGAGAGGGAGCGUCCCAUAAGCAUGGGAGUUCCGCACGCCUCCGAACUUACUGCAGACUUUCAUGCUGUAGGGGAGUGCGCGAACAUACCUGACAACGAUCUGGAAGUCAGGACUGUGGGGCUAAUCACUGCUUGA